UGUGGGACAGCGCAGACCAGUCACAGCACCUGUGAGCAAAGAUCCCUGCACACCCCCUGGCGCCAUCAGGCCUUCCCCCCAGUUCUGAAGAGUGGGCAUCCCCUACUCCCGCCAGCCCUUGCCACGACAGAAGGGGACAGCAGAAGGGGCUGGCCUAGUCCAGCUCUCCUUCCUGAGCUCCUUGGGGACCUGUUCCCAGACCCCCGGGGUGGGGUGUGGCUCAGCCUGACCUGGGAGAGUCCCUACACCCCGGCACCGGCCCUUUAAGAAGGGGGGCGGGCGUGGGGGGUUGGGGAGGACCUGGGAGCCCCGGCCUGAAACCAGAGCGUGGGUCUAUGCCCGCCCCGCCCCUGGAGUUAAGUACAGCAGCAGGGGCCGCCCUCCGCAGCCGCAGCGGAGCAGCCUUUCAGUCCGCCGGGCGCUGGAGCCCGCCGUCCACGCUCCCGCUGGAAAGCACGCCCCGCCGCCCGGGCCCCCGGCCCCCGCCCCCCGCUGCGAUGCGCCCCAGCCCGAGGGCCCCGCUGCCCGGCCCCGCUCUGCUCCUGGCGGUGACCUUGACCUGGACAUCCCAAUUCACCUCCGCUGCCUCCUUCUUCGGUGAGAACCACCUGGAGGUGCCCGUGGCCACAGGGUUGGCUGACAUUGACCUUCAGCUGCAGUUUUCCACUGCCCAGCGGGAAGCCCUGCUUCUCCUGGCAGCAGGCCCAGCUGACCACCUCCUCCUGCAGCUCAACUCUGGACGCCUGCAGGUCAGGCUGUCCCUGGGCCAGGAGGAGCUGAAGCUGCAGACACCAGAGGAGCCGACCUUGAGUGACACUGCCCUCCACACGCUGGGGCUGACAGUUUCUGAUGGUUGGGCUCAGCUGUCAGUGGAUGGGGUCCUGAACUCCUCCGCUGCAGCCCCAGAGGGCCUCCUAGAGGCCCCCUAUGGGCUGUUUCUGGGGGGCACAGGGAGUCUAGCCCUGUCCUACCUACAGGGAGUCAGCCGGCCCCUGAGGGGCUGCAUCCAAACAGCCACACUUAACAGUCGGAACCUCCUGCGGCCGCUGACCCCUGAUGUGCCCGAAGGCUGUGCCGAGGAGUUCUCCGCUGGUGAGGACGUGGCCCUAGGUUUCUCGGGCCCCCACUCACUGGCUGUCUUCCCAGCCUGGGCCACUCGAGACGAGGGCACCCUGGAGUUCACACUGCUCACGCGCAGCCAACAGGCACCCCUGGCCUUCCAGGCAGGGGGCCGGCGGGGCAACUUCAUCUAUGUGGACAUCUUCGAGGGCCACCUGCGGGCCGUGGUGGAGAGGGGCCAGGGCACCGUGCUGCUGCACAACAGUGUGCCUGUGGCUGACGGGCAGCCCCAUGAGGUCGCCAUCCACGUGGACGCCCACCGGCUGGAGAUCUCCGUAGACCAAUACCCCACACGUACAUCCAACCGUGGCGUCCUCAGCUACCUGGAGCCCCGCGGCAGCCUCCUCCUAGGCGGCCUGGACGCUGAGGCUGCCCGCCACCUCCAGGAGCACCGUCUGGGCCUGGCACCAGGGACCGUCACCGCCUCCCUGCUAGGCUGCGUGGAGGACCUCAGCGUGAACGGGCAGCGGCGGGGGCUGCGGGACGCCCUGCUGAGCAGAGACCUGGUGGCCGGCUGCAGGCUAGAGGAGGAUGAGUAUGAGGAAGAUGGCUACGGGCCCGAGGAGACCUUCUCCACACUGACCCCAGAGACCUGGCCGGGCCUGGAGUUGCCCGAGCCCUGUGUGCCUGAGCCAGGGCUGCCCGCCAUCUUUGCCAACUUCACCCAGCUGCUAACCGUCAGCCCGCUCGAAGUGGCCGAGGGCGGCACCACCUGGCUGGAAGGCCGGCACCUGCAGCCCACACUGGACCUGAGCGCAGCGGAGCUGAGGAAGUCACAGGUGCUGUUCAGCGUUAGCCGUGGGCCACGCCAUGGAGAGCUGGAGCUGGACGUGCCUGGUGCCCAGGCCCGAAAGAUGUUCACCCUGCUGGACGUGGUCAACCGCAAGGCCCGCUUUGUCCAUGACGGCUCCGAGGAGGCAUCUGACCAACUGCUGCUGGAGGUGUCAGUGGUGGCCCGGGUGCCCGUGCCCGCCUGCCUACGCAGGGGCCAGACCUACCUGCUGCCCGUGCGGGUGACACCGGUCAACGACCCACCCCGGGUGGUCUUCCCACACGGCAGCCUCAUGGUCAUCCUGGAGCACACGCAGAAGCCACUGGGCCCUGACAUCUUCCAGGCCUACGACCCAGACUCAGCCUGCGAGGGCCUCACCUUCCAACUUCUGGGCGCACCCAGCCUGGCCCCGGUAGAGCGCCGCGAGGAGCCGGGCCAGCCUGCCGCUGAGUUCUCCUGCCGCGAGCUGGAGGCGGGCGGCCUGGUGUACGUGCACCGAGGCGGCCCGGCCCAGGACCUGACCUUCCGGGUCAGUGACGGGCUUCAGGCCAGUCCCCCGGCUACGCUGAAGGUGGUGGCCAUGCGGCCAACCAUCCAGGUCCGCCACCACACAGGGCUGCGCCUGCAACAAGGCUCUGCUGCCCCGGUGCUGCCCGCCCACCUGUGGGUGGAGACCAACGCGGUGGGCCAGGACGUGGGCGUGCUGUUCCGCCUGGCCACACCCCCGCGCCUGGGAGAGCUGCAGCGGCAGGACGCGGGCGGCCAAGAAGGUGCUGAGUGGCGGGCGGUGCGGACCUUCCAACAGCGCGAUGUGGAGCAGGGCCGCGUGCGGUACCUGAGCACUGACCCGCAGCACCACCUGGAGGACGGCCGGGAGGAGCUGGCCCUGGAGGUGCAGGUGGGACAGGAGACGCUCAGCAACCUGUCCUUCCCGGUGACGGUGCAGAGGGCCACCGUGAGGCUGCUGCGACUGCAGCCCCUGCGAGUCCAUGCCGAUGCGCAGGAGACCCUGACCACGGCCCACCUGGAGGCCGCCCUGGAGGAGGCAGACUCCAGUCCCCCCACCUUCCGCUACGAGGUGGUCCAGGCCCCCCGGAAGGGGAACCUGUGGCUGCAGGGAGUGCGGCUGGCUGAGGGCCAGGGCUUCACGCAGGACGACCUGCAGGCUGAGCGGGUGGCCUACGAGGCCACCGUGCGCACCUCCGAGGCCACCGAAGACACCUUCCAGUUCCGAGUGACGGCGGCCCCGCGCUUCUCCCCGCUGUACACCUUCCCCGUGCACAUUGGGGGUGACCCGGCCGCGCCCGUGCUCACCAACGCUGUGCUGGCCGUGCCCGAGGGCGGCGAGGCUGUGCUCUCUGCCGACCACCUGUUCGUCAGGAGCCAGCAGGGCACCAGCUACCUGUUCCAGGUGGUGGAGCAGCCCCGGCACGGCAAGCUGGCCUGGCGGGGUGCAGGAGAUCAGGCCGAGCCUGUGGGCUCCUUUACCAACGAGGACCUGCUGCAAGGCCGGCUGGUCUACCGGCACGACGGCUCCGAGAGCACCGAGGAUGACAUUCCCUUCGUGGCCGCCCGACAGGCAGAGAGCAGCGGGGACAGUGGGGACGGAGAUGCGGCCGGGGAGGAGGUGCGGGGCGUCCUGCGGGUGGCCGUCCAGCCAGUCAACGACCACGCCCCAGUGCAGACGGUCAGCCGCGUCUUCCACGUGGCCCGCAGUGGGCAACGGCUGCUGACCACAGACGACGUGGCCUUCAGCGACGCGGAUGCCGGCUCCCACGAUGCCCAGCUGGUGCUGACCCGCAAGGACCUGCUGUUCGGCAGCAUCGUGGCGGCCGACGAGCCCUCGCAGCCAGUGUACCGCUUCACGCAGGAGGACCUGCGGCAGCACCGCAUCCUGUUCGUCCACUCAGGCGCUGACCGCGGCUGGAUCCAGUUGCAGGUGUCGGACGGGCAGCACCAGGCCACGGCGCUGCUGGAAGUGCAGGCCUCCGAGCCCUACCUCCGAGUGGCCAACAGCUCAGGUCUUGUGGUGCCCCAAGGAGGCCAGGCCACCAUCGACCCAGCAGUGCUCCCCCUGGACACCAACCUGGACAUCCGAGGUGGGGAUGAGGUUCGAUACCAGGUGACCAGCGGCCCACGCUGGGGGCAGCUGCUGCGGGUCGGGCAGCCAGCGUCGACCUUCUCGCAGCAGGACCUGGUGGACGGGGUCGUGGUCUACAGCCACAAUGGCAGCCGAAGCCCCCGGGAUGCUCUGACCUUCUCAGUGGAGGCGGGGGCCGAGCGGGCUGAAGCCACACUGCAAGUGACUGUCACCCUGGAGGGCCCGCUGGCCCCACUGCACCUGGCGCGGCACAAAAAGGUCUACGUCUUCCAGGGGGAGGCAGCUGCCAUCAGGACCGACCAGCUAGAGGUGGUCCAGGAGGCGGUGUCGCCCGCCGAUAUCGUGUUCUCCGUGCGGACUCCCCCACGCGCCGGCUAUCUGGUGACCGUGUCCCGCGGCGAGUCCCCGACCGAGCCGUCCAGCCUGGCCCCGGUGCGCAGCUUCUCGCAGGAGGCGGUGGACGCGGGCCGGGUGCUGUACCUGCACUCGCGCCCUGAGCUCUGGAGCGACGCCUUCUCCCUGGACGUGGCCUCGGGCCUGGGGCGCCCCCUGGAGGACGUGCGCGUGGAGCUGGAGGUGCUGCCCGCCGACGUGCCGCUCGAGGCGCUCAACUUCAGCAUCCCCGAGGGCGGCGGCCGCACGCUGGCGCCCCCGCUGCUGCGCCUGGCCGGGCCCUUCUACCCCAGGCUGCCCGGCCUGCAGCUGCGGGUGCUGGAGCCGCCCCGCCACGGCGUCCUGCGCAGGGAGGACCGGCCGCAGCGCGGCUCCCUUGCCGCCUUCUCCUGGGCAGAGGUGGAGCAGCGACUGAUCCGCUAUGAGCAUGACGGCAGUGAGACCCUGGAUGACGGCUUCGUGCUCAUGGCAAACGCCUCGGAGGUGGACCGCCAGAGCCGCCCAGUGGCUGUCAUCAUCACCAUCCUCCCAGUCAACGACCAGCCCCCUGUCCUCACCACAAACACGGGCCUGCAGCUGUGGGAGGGGUCCACCGUGCCCAUCCCCGCGGAAGCCCUCAGGGCCACAGAUGGCGACUCAGGCCCCGAGGACCUGGUCUACACCCUGGAGCAGCCCAGCAAUGGCCAGGUGGUGCUGCGGGCGGAGCCGGACACUGAGGUGCGAAGCUUCACCCAGGCCCAGCUGGACCGUGGGCAGGUGCUCUUUACACACACAGGAGCCCUGCACGGUGGCUUCCGCUUCAGCCUGUCCGACGGCCAGCACUCGUCCCCGGGCCACGUGUUCCGCGUGACGGCGCAGACACCGGCGCUACUCUCGCUGGAGGGCAGCCGUGCGCUCACUGUGUGCCCAGGGUCCGUGCAGCCGCUGGACAGCCAGAGCCUGAGAGCCAGCACCAGCGUAGGGUCCGAGCCCGGCCGUCUGCUCUACCGGGUGCUGCGGGGUCCGCGGCUGGGCCGGCUGCUGCACAGCCAGCGGGGCCCUGGGGAGGCCCUGCGCAACUUCACCCAGGCCGAGGUAGAUGCUGGGCAGGUGCUGUAUGAGCACGAGAUGCCACCCGAGCCUUUCUGGGAGGCCCACGACACCCUGGAGCUCCAGCUGUCCUCGCCCCCUGCUCCUGACAUGGCUGCCACCCUGUCAGUGACCGUGUCCUUUGAAGCACCCUGUCCCCAGCGCCCCAGCCGCCUCUGGAGGAAUACAGGUCUCUGGGUCCCUGAAGGCCAGCGGGCCGAGGUCACUGUGGCUGCCCUGGAUGCCUCCAACUUCCUGGCCAGUGUGCCAGCCUCACAGCGCCAAGGCCUGGAUGUGCAGUUCCAGGUCACCCAGUUCCCCACACGUGGGCGGCUGCUGGCGGCCGGGGAGCCCCUGCACGCAGGACAGCCCCACUUCCUGCAGUCACAGCUGGCAGCUGGGCAGCUGGAGUAUGCCCAUGGCGGUGGGGGCGCCCAGCCCGACUCCUUCCGCUUCCGCGCCUACUUGCAGGGCCCACGGGGCGCCUGGCCGGCCAUGCCACGCACCUCCGAGGCCUUCGCAGUCAGCGUGCGUGCGGGGCCCGAGCGGGCGCCCCGGCCACAGAGCUCUGCGCCACUGAGGCUCCGCCGGGGCUCCCACGCGCUGGUGUCCCGCGCCCAGCUCAGCCUGCUGGACCCUGGGUCGGAGUCCUCUGAGAUCCUCUACAAGGUGCAGCGGGCGCCCCGCAACGGCUUCCUGAGCCUGGCGGGGGCAGGCCCUGGGCCGGUGCUCAGCUUCACCCAAGCCGACGUGGACUCGGGACGCCUGACCUUCACCGCCAAUGGCAGCAGCGUGGCAGGCACCUUCCAGUUGAGCGUGGCCGUGGGGGCCAGGCCGCCCACGCCCACCACCCUCAUCGUGGACGUCCUGCCCGCUGCCAUUGAAGUGCAGCUACGGACACCCCUGGAGGUGGCCCAAGCAGCUGGACGUGGCAUGCUGUCCCGCCAGCAACUGGCAGUACUGUCUGACCGGGAGGAGCUGGACGCUGAGUAUCAGCUCACCCAGCCACCUCGCCAUGGCCAGCUGCUGGUACGCGGGCAGCCUGUGGCUGCUUUCAGCCAGCUGCAGGUGGACCAGGGUGAGGUGGGCUUCACCUUCACCAACUUCUCCUCCCCCAGUGAUGGCUUCAGCGUUCUGGCGCUGGCCCGGGGGCUCAAUGCCUCGGCCACAGUGAAUGUCACUGUGAAGCCUUUGGUGCACCUGUGGGCAGGCGGCCCGUGGCCCAGGGGUGCCACCCUGCAUCUGGACCCCAGGGUGCUAGACGCAAGCGAGCUGGCCAACCGCACAGGAAGUAUGCCCCGCUUCCGGCUGCUGGCGGGGCCCCAGCACGGCCGCCUGAUCCGAGUACCCCCGGCUGGGACAGAUCCCCUCAGGGGCAGCAUGCCAGUGGAGCAGUUCACGCAGCAGGACCUGGAGGCAGGGAGGCUGGGCCUGGAGCUGGGUAGCCCAGAAGGUAGCACUCUGGACCCAGCAGCCGACAGUCUCACUCUGGAGCUGUGGGCGCAGGGCGUCCCACCUGCCGUGGUCACACUGGACUUCACCACUGAGCCCUACAAUGCUGCCCAGCCCUACAGCGUGGCCCUGCUCAGCCUCCCCAAGGCCACUUGGACAGAGGUGGGCACCUCCGGAAGAAACAGCCCCACAGAAGAGCCAGGCCAUGUGGCCCCCAGCCCCAUCCCCACAGCGGGCAGGGGCGGCUUCCUGGGCUUCCUGGAGGCCAACAUGUUCAGCGUCAUCCUGCCUGUGUGCCUGGUGCUCCUACUGCUGGCACUGCUCCUGCCCCUGCUCUUCUACCUCCGCAAGCGCAACAAGACAGGCAUGCACCAUGUCCAGGUGCUGGCCGCCAAGCCACGCAACGGGCUGGCUGGUGAGGCUGAGACCUUCCGCAAGGUGGAGCCAGGCCAGGCCAUCCCGCUCACGGCCGUGCCGGGCCAGGGGCCCCUGAGAGGCCAGCCGGAUCCAGAACUGUUACAGUUCUGCCGGACACCCAAUCCUGCCCUCAAGAAUGGCCAGUACUGGGUAUGAGGCCUGGCCAGGGCCCAGAAGCUAGGCCAGGCUUGCUCAGGCCCUUUCUGCCCAGCCCUAUGCUGCCUGCACCCCCCCAACCCCUGGGGUCCCAGAUCCCUGGAGCAGGACACCCAGAAGCUGGAGGGUGAGGCACUGUGGGGAAGCCCCAAGAGUCCAGGUGGUGGCAAUGGGGUCCAGAGCUGGAUAACCCCUUGGGAUACCUCCCAAGUGCCCUCCUUGCCAAGGAUCACAGGGGCAGGCUGGGAGUAGACACCCCUGCCUGGAGCUAGCUUGGGUUCUCAGAGCUAGAAGGACUCCGAAAAUGGGUCAGGACUCUGGGUCCUGGGUCUGUGGCCUUGGAUGAAUCACAAGGAGUCCAGACUCCUACCAGGGCAAAGAGAAGGGAAGGACACGUGACUGGGCCUGGCACUUCCACCCCAGUCUCUGCCCCAGGGCCAGAGGUAAACUGUUCCCUGAGUGUUUUUUUUUUUUGGGGGGGUGCCCUAGAGCAGAGGUGGGAGGAGAGAGCCCCAGGACUUUCUAGAAGGCCCAAGCCAGUAGAAUAAUAUAUUGUGGUGGAAGGUGGCUGGGCUGCACUGGUAACAGGUUUAUUUAAGGAGGGUUGCAAGGAAGCUUUAUUACAUUGUGCUGAGCUAGCCCAGAUUAAGGAUGCACCCGUCAGUGGGGCGAGGGGAGGAGGGGCUGAGGCCCAUAGUUCUCAGGGUCCCCUUGACGGGCGGGGGCUGGGUAGGAAUAGGCAGUGAGCCCCAAGUACACUGGACUGGGGCACACACAGUGUCUCCGGCCAAAAGUGGCUCAGUCUCUAUGCUCCCCAAGGACUGGGAGGUGUGCUCCACAGGGCCUGGAUAAACGGUGCUUCCGAGGUUCUGAA